ACGGUAGAUGGUGACUUCCCCUGGCCCCCACUCCCCCCCCCCCCCCCCGUUUUGGAAAAAGUCAUCAAAGAAUCCAAUGGCAAGCCCUAACUGUUGCUUGGCAUAUGGGGCAUAAUGAUCUCUGCAGGAAGAGAUGCGAUUCUGGGGGCAGUCAGGCUUCACUCCGAGGGCUGUCUUCAUGGACUAAUGCAUCUCCUCUUGAUUUUUUCCUCUUGGGAACCACACAGCAAGCAAAAGCUACCAAGAGAAAAUACCAAGAAUCCAGUGAGGUUCCUCCAGCUAAACAGAGAAGCAGAGCAGGAGCAGCCCUUCUCUCAGCCGAGACAACUAGUGCUCAGGAAACUCAGAGGAUACUUAAGGGGAAUGCACAAAAAACAUUCUCUCCAAAGAAGAAUUUGGUUAGUAGCACAGAUGGCGGAAAGCAAGAAGAAAGACCAUGCGUCAAGACCUCGUCGCUGUUUAAAAACAACCCUGAAAUCCCCCAACUUGUCAGACCUGUGGUGAAGCAGGAGCGAGAGCAAGUAUUCACUCCAGAGGCUUUCCACCAGCUGGACCUCCACCCACAUCUUAUUUCCACAAUAAAUACUGUCUUAAAAAUCUCCAGCAUGACUAGUGUUCAGAAGCAAAGCAUCCCUGUGUUGCUGGAAGGCAGAGACGCCCUUGUGCGGUCCCAGACGGGCUCAGGUAAAACUCUUGCGUAUUGCAUCCCUCUGGUCCAGUCCCUUCAAGCACUGAAGUCAAAAAUACAGCGAAGUGAUGGCCCCUAUGCUCUGGUUCUCGUGCCCACGAGAGAGCUGGCUCUACAAAGCUUUGAUGUUGUCCAGAAACUACUUAAGCCAUUUACCUGGAUUGUGCCUGGAGUGUUGAUGGGUGGAGAAAAGAGAAAAUCAGAAAAGGCGAGACUUCGUAAAGGAAUAAAUAUCCUUAUCUCGACUCCUGGACGUCUAGUGGAUCAUAUAAAAUCCACAAAGAACAUUCAUUUUAGCCGGAUCCAGUGGCUGGUUUUGGAUGAAGCAGACAGGAUCUUGGAUUUGGGUUUUGAGAAGGACAUCACAGUGAUACUCAAUGCUGUCAAUGCUGAGUGCCAGAAGCGGCAGAAUGUCUUACUGUCAGCAACGCUCACAGAAGGCGUAACACGGCUAGCUGACAUCAGUUUGCACAAUCCAGUCAGUGUUUCUGUCCUGGAAAGAAGCCACGAGCAGUGUAACCGAGAGGGCAAAGUCGUCCCUGAAGCCAUCCCUCCUCAGGCCCGCGAUGGGGGAGGCAGCUUCGCCAUACCCGAGAGCCUCGACCAGCACGUGACACUGGUUCCCAGCAAACUGCGGCUGGUCUGCCUGGCGGCCUUUGUUCUUCAGAAAUGCGAGUUUGAAAAGGACCAGAAGAUGAUUGUCUUUUUCUCGAGCUGCGAGCUGGUGGAGUUCCACUACAGCCUCUUCCUCCACACCCUGCUCAGCAGCUCCAGAGCCCCGGCCGCAGCGGGGCGGUUGCCAUCUGCCUCCUCGAGAUUAAAAUUCCUGCGGCUGCACGGCAGCAUGGAGCAGGAGGAGAGAACAGCGGUGUUUCAAGAAUUCUCCCGUUCCAAAACAGGUGUCCUCCUGUGCACGGAUGUUGCAGCUCGGGGCUUAGAUCUCCCACAAGUCACAUGGAUUGUUCAGUACAACGCCCCGUCCUCACCUGCAGAGUACAUCCACCGGAUUGGGAGAAGCGCCCGGAUUGGCUGCCCUGGGAGCAGCCUGCUCAUGCUGGCGCCUUCGGAGGCAGAAUAUGUCAACUCGCUGGCUUCUCACAAAAUCAAUGUUUCUGAGAUUCUGAUGGAAGAUAUUUUGUCCGUCCUGACCAGGGAUGAUCGUUUUAAAGUGAGGCAAAGGGACAACCAGCAAUCCCAGGCCGCUGGCCCCCAGGAAAUCCGAGAGCGAGCCACAGUCUUGCAGACAGUGUUUGAAGAUUACGUGCACUCCAGUAAGAGGACAGUCUCCUGGGCAAAAAAAGCCCUGCAGUCCUUCAUCCGGGCCUACGCCACCUACCCCAGGGAGCUGAAGCACAUCUUCUGUGUCCGGGCCCUCCACCUGGGGCAUGUGGCCAAGAGCUUUGGGCUUCGGGACGCCCCCAGAAACCUCAGUGCCUCCACUGUGAAGAAGGGGAAGGCCAACUUGAAAAGGCCCGGCCCGCGUCCGAAGAGCCAGCGCGCGCUCCUCGCCGACAUCCUGCGUGCCGAGUACUCGAGUGGGCUGGGCGCCCCGGAGGCCCCCCGGCCGGGGCAGCGCUGAACCACCUCCACCCGCUCCCCGCCACCCCGAGGACCCCAGGCCGGCGGCGGCAGCGGCGGCGGAGGACGCACCGCUUCUCGGAAGGCUCUUGCGAAUCCGUCCAGAUUGCUGUCCUGCUGAGCCACCUCCACACCUGGGGGGUGGGGAAGGGGGGGUGCAGCUGCUGGGACACCCCACCAUGGCAGCAGAGCCCCACUUCCUGAAGAAACCCAGCCGCUGUGCUCGUAUGCGCAUGAGUUCUAAAAACUGGAAUUGAGCUCAUGCAAAAGAAAGGAAAAGUAUUUGUCCCCUGCUUUCUUAAUGUGCAAAUGCUUUGUCACCGGGACCCCGAGUCUUGGCCUGCUGAAGAACCCCUUGAGUUUGCAGCGCGCUGGUCUGCCUCUUCUCCCUCAAACGCCGCCGCAUCACCGCGCUGCUCCCCCUUUUAUGUCCACACAACUCUCUCAGGGCUAAUUGAUUUACUGUUGCCUUUUUACUAUUUGCCUUUGAAGUCAGAAGGCACCAGCGCCCCGAGCUGCUUUUUCCCAUCCACCCCUGGCUCGUCUGUAAGAAAGGUCCAGGGCCUUUGUGCUGUGACCCAGACCCCAGCUCCCCUCCACCCCCAUUGUUUUUUCUGGGAGGUUUGAAGGAGGCCCCCCGGAGUGUAUUGAUUUCCCAAUAAAUGUAAGAUUUGGACAUUA